CCAGUCUCUAGUUUUGAUUCAAACUGUGCGGGUACGAAGGCUUGCUGGAUUGAUUGACGCUGUCUCCGUUUUGAAUUUGCACUCCUCCAAAAUUAUAGGUGUAUUUGUUGCAUGUCAAUCAUUAUGCUGAUUACGAGUACUCGGAUUACAAUUAUAAGACGUGUUGCGGCUCUAGAGGUGAAAUUGGCUACGGACAUCUAAUUGUUAAUCUAUGAACGAAACGCAGACUAGGUUCAGUUGUAUUGAAUAGUGUGUACGCCUACGUAGUUAGGAAGUUAUAGUUUUAUAAAAAUCCAGUUUAGAAUCCAGAAAUAAUAAGAAUAAUCCUCUCAUUAUUCAAACCGGUUUCUGUUACUUUCUUGAAGUGUUUGAAUGAUGAAUGGAAAAAACAGGAGCAUGAAAUAUUAAAAGUUAAAUGUGUUUUCUGUGAUUAGAUAUUCGUUAAUAUCAAAGGAGGUAUCCAGUAACUGAGUUUAAGUGGUGAGUAAUAGUGGUGGAAAAGUGAUUUUUACUAUCCAUGCUAUGAAGGAUUUGUGGCGCAUCGACAUGUCGAAAUUUUCACGGUAUCCGUUGAUAGGAUUUCUAAUACUCUGCGCUUCACUGCAAUGGGUCCAGUCAGCUCCUAUUGAUUCAUCCGGAAUCGAGUUUAUCGUUUUGCACAACAAUGAUAUGCAUGCGCGUUUUGAACAAAUUGGAGUUUUGGGUAACCGAUGCCGUCCAGAGGAUAUUGCUUCCAACAAUUGUUAUGGAGGAUUUGCAAGAGUGGCACAUGAGGUGCGACAAUUCCGACAACAAGCAUCCCAACCUGGUGGAACCCCUGUGGUAUACCUGAAUGCUGGUGACACAUACUCAGGAACUCCCUGGUUCUAUAUUUAUAGAGACAAUAUUACAGCGGAAUUUAUGAAUGCACUUCAUCCGGAUGCAAUUUCGCUAGGCAACCACGAAUUCGAUGACGGAGUCGAAGGUCUAAUUCCUUUCCUGAAUAAGGCUACCUUUCCAGUUUUGGUAGCAAAUCUGAAUCUAACCAAUCAACCUGGAUUAGCAGCUACUAAAGCACUGAAGCCAUCAACUAUUCUCGAUGUUGAAGGUACAAAAGUCGGGGUAAUAGGAUACCUCACUUCUGAAACUGGCGACCUUAGCUUGGCCGGCAACUUAAUAUUCUCCCCCGAAAUUGAUGCUAUAAACAAAGAGGCUGAGCGUUUGAAGCAACAAGGAAUAAAAAUAAUCAUCGCCCUUGGCCAUUCCGGGUUUGGCAUAGAUCAGGAAAUUGCCAAAAACUGUCCACUUGUAGAUAUUGUUAUCGGCGGCCAUACAAAUACCUUUUUAUAUACUGGAAAAGCGCCUGAUGUCGAAAAACCAGAGGGACCUUAUCCCACGAUCAUUGAACAGCCCAGCGGCAAGAAAGUUCCAGUAGUUCAAGCUUAUGCGUAUACCAAAUAUUUAGGUCAUCUCAAAGUCAAAUUUGACAAUGAAGGCAACCUUCUUGAAUGGAAUGGCAAUCCGAUACUCUUGAAUAGGGAGGUUCCUCAAGACUCUGACAUUCUAAAACUUUUGGAUGUUUACCGUGCUGGUGUUGAAGACCAAGAACAGACCGUAGUUGGCCAUACUAAAGUUCUUUUGGACGGCGAUGAGAAAAAUUGCCGCGAGAAAGAGUGUAACCUUGGCAACAUGGUCGCAGACGCACUCGUUUAUGCAAGAGUAAAGGAAUACCAAGCAGAAAGCGAAGAAUUCUGGUCGGAUACAGCGAUCGCAUUCAUGCAAGGAGGAGGUAUUCGAACUUCCAUCCCGAAGAAAGAGGAUGGACGAAUCACAAGAAGCGAUCUUAUAGAAGUACUACCUUAUGGUAACAAAUUAGUAAAGGUGCAGGUCACUGGGCAAACAAUUCGUGAUAUGUUAGAAAAGUCAGCAUCAAAGAUGGGACAAUAUUAUGGGGGUUUCCUUCAGAUGUCUGGCGUUCAUGUAAUCUAUGAUGCAUCCGCACCCGUUAAUCAAAGAGUGAAAAGCGUUCGUGUUUUAUGCGCCCAGUGUAAUAUUCCGAGAUAUUCUGAUUUAGAGGACGAAAAGUUUUAUAAUAUAAUUAUAACGGAUUAUAUUCUAAGUGGUGGCGAUGGGUAUUCGAUUACUCAUAAUGGGGCCGUGAAAACUCUGACCUAUAACGACCUAGAAGCUGUAGAAGACUACAUUAAAGAUAGAACUCCUGUCUACCCGGGCGUGGAGUGGAGGAUUCGUAUCGAAGGAGAACCCGGAGAGCCAGGAGGCGGAGAUGGUGUGGGACACAUAGUAGCAUCCGGUUUGUUGAUUCUUACUUCAAUGUUGUUGCAUUUUUUGCAUUAAAAUAAAGUACAGUAUUUUAUUGGUAGUAGAUUUUGGUAGUUUCCGUUGUUUGUUAAUUAUUUCCUAAUUUUCCUUGUUAUUAUUUAUUUUGAUGUAGCAUAUGCUUUAAUAGAUUAGUUGACAUUGA